UUCUGUUUCAAGCCUGUCUUCAGUUCAAAGUAGAAUUUCUCUGACGCAGAACAACAAGUGCUGGAUGUUCAGAUGGGGGUUCUCCUGGUCUGGUCCCUGACCUGUUUCUUGUUGAAUAUACACCUCUGCAAACAGACCACAGUGACACACAGGGUCGUUUUGACUCUUGAUCCAAACUGGUCUGAAGUAUUUUAUGGAGAGGCGUUCACACUCAGGUGUGAGAUCCAGGAUGGAGGAAACACUGGGUGGACAUAUGAAUGGACACCGAGCAGAUUAAACUCACCUACAACGACAAAUGAGUACAGAAUUACCAGAGCUACUACAGCACAGCGUGGAUCCUACAGAUGUAGAGGAAGAACUGACUCAUCUGUCACAACAGAGUGGAGUAAUGUCAUUGAACUGACAGUAGCAGACAGACCAAAGACCCAACUGAACAUGUCCACAACAUCCAUUAACCAGGGGAGUGUGACCCUGACCUGCUCUGUGAGUUCAUCAUCUGGAUGGAAAUACUACUGGUACAAAGACAAGAGUCUAUAUAAACCCCAGUACCCACAACUUUAUUCUGAUCAUCCACACAUAACUGUCCCACCUGGAGGAACCUAUCAGUGCAGAGGAGGCAGAGGAGAUCCAGUUUACUACAGCCAAUACAGCAACUCAGUUGUGAUGACCAGAGCUGUAGUGACGCUGAAAUCCAACUGGUCUGAGAUAUUUCAUUCAGAGACGGUCACUCUCAGAUGUGAGAUCACAGAUGGAGGGGAUACUGAGUGGGUUUAUGAAUGGUCAGCAUCAGGCCCAAAUCUACCUCAGGAGCAAAGUGAAUACUUGACCAUCAGAGUUGAUUUUUUCAGCAGUAGGCAGUACUACUGUAAGGGUAAACACAAAGAGGAUGAGAAUAUGGAAACAGAAUGGAGCAACUCCAUGUCUCUGAAUGCAUCAUCACCGAAACCACAGGCCCACCUGACCUCUGACACAACAUCCAUUCAACAAGGCAGCAGUGUGACCCUGACCUGCUCUGUGAGGUCAUCAUCUGGAUGGAGAUACUACUGGUACAAAGACAACACGUUAUAUAAACCCCACACCACACAAGACUUUUCUGAUAAUCCACAAAUAAGUGUGUCAGUGGGUGGAGGCUACCGGUGCAGAGGAGGACGAGGAAACCCAGUUUACUACACGUAUCACAGCCACACAGUCAGCAUCAGCACCAUCGUCUCAAACGUGGCCGUUGUGACUCUGGAUCCAAACUGGUCUGAGAUAUACACAGGAGAGAAGAUCACCCUCAGAUGUGAAAUCCACAGAGCAGACACAGAGUGGGAGUAUGAAUGGAGAAAAUCUGACACAGCCCUGUCUGAAACAGAAUCUGAAAUCCGAAUAACUAAAGCUCAUUCAGGCCAUACUGGAGACUACAGCUGCAGAGGAAGAAUGAACCAGUCACAGGAUCAUUCAACAAACUGGAGCCACAAAGUCACACUGACGGUGUCAGUUGGUAAACCCAGUUCUGUCCUCACUGUGUCUCCAUCAUGGCUGAGUCCUGGAGCCUCAGUAACUCUGAAGUGUCAUGUUAAACAUCCAUCUGCAGGAUGGAGGUUUUAUUGGUAUAAGGCUGUUCCUCAUUUCUCAGAUGAACUGUACAGGUAUGAGCUGUUACCUGACAGCAGUGAAGGGACUGAACAGGAGGAUUUCACCGUCCAUGGACAAAAAACCACCACAGGUUAUGUGUGUAGAGCUGGAAGAGGAGAUCCACAGUUUUACUCUGAGUACAGUCCACCUAAGUUUACCUGGUGUGGAGCUAUGGACUCAUCAGUGUCUCUCAGAGUGAGUCCCAACAGAAGUCAACACUUCACCUCUGAGUCUGUCUCACUGAGCUGUGAGACCAACUCUACUGAAUGGAGAGUGAGACAGUUCUAUGAGAACAGUUCCUCAAAGUGUGAUAAUUACCUCUGGAGGACUCAAACAUCUCCAUGCAUCGUCUCCAGAACAGUGUACAGUGGUGCAGUGUUCUGGUGUGAGUCUGGAUCAGGAGAGUUUAGCAACGCAGUUAACAUCUCUACUCAUGAUGAUAUUAUCUUAGAGAGCCCUGUGCAUCCUGUGACUGAAGGACAACCUCUGAUUCUCAGCUGUAGGCCGUGGACAGACGUUAUUCUGUCUGAUGUCACUUUCUACAAAAAUGGAAAACUAAUCCAGACUGGAACCAGUGGACAGCUCAAAAUCUCUGCAGUGUCUAAGUCAGAUGAAGGUUUUUAUCAGUGUGAAAUAAAAGAGGUAAAGAGCCAACGAGUACAGGUUUGGAUGUCAUCAGUGAGCUGGGUGUCUGUAAAAUCUGAAACAGUGGAAUUAGCCGAGGACAGGUCUCCAUUUCCUGUGGCGCUGAUCAUUGGUCUGGUUUCUGGCAUCUUGCUGAUAAUGCUCCUUCCACUGAUAGCGCUGGGUUGGUCCAAAACAUCCAAAGGUUUGUGUUGGAACAGAUUCAUGGAGUCACUGGGAUCCAAUCAGGGUUCAUCCACCGCCCAAACUAUCAACCAGGAUGAAAACCAACUACAGGUCUACUCCUCCCUUCUCCACGGUGAUCUCUGUGUCUAUGAAUCAGUACGUGGUAGAAACACUGCAGAUGAUGAACAACACAAUGAAUAUGAAAUCGUCUCAUCUCAACAUCAUGGUGAUGCAGCGGAUGAAGACUACUGUAAUGUAAAACCUCGUAACUAACGGUUACCCAGUUCAACAACAGGUCCAAAUACUGAUACUGGCUAUUUACAGUAACACCGAAAUGCCUUUACAUAUUCAGCACCACCGUAUAUAUUUUAUUCUUGUUCCAGAUCCAUAAAUACUUAUGCAUAAUCAAUGAAAUGUGACAAAUACAGGCUGAAACACUGAACCCAAGAUUCAGAUUUAAAGUGUAUUUUUAAGCUGCAAUUGAAACACUAGAACAAUUUGUGUGUAUUGAUAAUAUAUCCCAUGAAAAAAAGAGAAAAUAAUCAUCUGGCGUUGUUAAUUUGCUUUUAUAUGUGUUUUGUAAAAUGUUUGACACUUUUUAUUUAUAAACAUUUUAAUUUUACAAAACAAGAACAUGAAAAUGAGGUUAAGGGAUGACAAUUAUGACAUAAACAUGCAUACAACAUCAGCUGUUUUUAAUUAGUAUAGUCACCGUUUGUAAAGUCCGUCCAUUUUCUCCGGUGUCUUUUUCCCAGCUCCUCCUGGAGCCGCAGGGUGAAAGUCAUGUGUUCCAUCAGUCUAAUGUUUUCUAUGAUACUAAUAAAAAAAGGCCCAUUGCAGUGGCUUCUUCUGUGGCUAACAUUUUGUUAUGGCUUUUUUGGCUGAUGUCAACAAAAUCUUUAGGAGGUAAACAUCAUCUGAAUCCUUUUAUGACCCUGGGUCAUAAUUUAGGUAUAUAUGUGUAUAUGUAUUCUGAUGUUUUGUAGUAGCCCGCCCCCCGAGUCCUGUGUUUGUCUUUUGCCUGUUUGUUUUCCUUGCAGGGGGCUGAUGAUUGGUGGAACCAGACUUUAAAAAUGGACUUGGAUGCAGCAGCUCUCUCUCUCACUCGCUCUGUCUCUGUCUCUGUCUCUCAUUCGUUUGUACAUUGUAAAUAGUUGUAAAUAAUAAUUUGGUGAAACAGUCUAAUCUUCUGGUAGGGGAGGGUGGCUCUUUUGUUUUCACAUUUUCCUCCUGUUUUUGCUUUAGGGACUUUAAAGAUGGGGUGCCAGAUGUUUUCCUGGAGCCCAUAGACAUUUUUUCAGAUUGGCGACCCUGUUCUUUCUCUCAUCGUCCUGGUAUUUUGUAAACUUCUCAGCAUGUGUAGUUGAAUAAUGACAUCAGAUGUUGUAUUCCUUAUACACCGUACUUUCUCUAUGCAUAUGAGACACACAGGGGUGCCCCUGUGCUCCACAAACAAAUAUUCUGUUUCCCACUUUUCCUGAAAUUGCCUCUGCUCAUUGCCAACCUUUCUUGUCAUGGCACAUUUUGACAGAGACAUGACUGGAACUGGCUGAUGGCAGAUAUUUUCCAUCCACUUGGUGUCACUCCUGAAUAUGUUUCAACUCAGUGACUAAUGUUCAUACUUCUCCAGGUUGGCGAGCUUGACAACCGUUGACGACAAAAUGCCGCUGGAAGCUGUCACAAAACUAUCUAUGGUAGCCCACAAGUGAUACAAAUAAAUACAAUAAAAACAUGACAAGACUCAGCAAAAAGGUGUGUUUAAGAACUACAUGUGGGCCGUAGUAACACUAAACUUUAGUGUCAAGUAGGGGGCCACAAAAUAUCAUUCCAUGGGCCGCAAUUGGCCCCCGGGCCACAAGUUUGAGACCCCUGCCGUAAAGUCUUUGAGAUUCCUUUGGAACCUCUUCCACUCACGUACAGUCUAACUGAAUCUGUAAACAAGAUGAAUAUAGUUUUUUCAGUCGCUUACGGCCAAACCACCCUGAACAUGUCUGAUCUCAGCAGGGUCUGACCUGGUCAGUACUUGGAUGGAAGACCACCUGGGAAAACCAGGUGUUGUAAGCUUUGACACUUUUCUGUGUGACCAGCAGAGGGUGCUGCUGCUUCACCAACCAACAGUUUAUUAACAACAGAAAAAACACAUGAAUUAAUGACUAAAAAACAAAAGCUAAUGAUGGAGACUAGAGAUGUGACGAUUACCAGUAUAACGAUAAACCACGGUAAAAUUGCCAACGGUUAGUAUUACUGUUUAAAUUCUAA